AUGCGGUUCGGCAAGACGCUGCGGGACGCCGUCUACGCACCAUGGAAGGACAAGUACAUUGACUACACCAAGCUCAAGGCCCUGCUGCACGAGGACAAGGUCGACGACGACGGCGCCGUGCCUUGGACCGAGGAUGACGAGAAGCAGUUCUGCGACGAGAUCUUCAACGUCCAGCUCGAAAAGGUUGCCCAGUUCCAGCAGGAGCGUGUCGACGACCUGAAGCAACGAGUCGACGCCGCCUUUGACAAGCUUAAGGAGCUCGCGCCCACUCCCACAGCCACCGGGGGCGAGGGCGAGGGCGGCGAGGGCGGCGAGGGCGCUCCGGCACCACCGCCCAAGAGCGACGUCUCGACCGCGAGCCUGCGAGAGCUGGAGAAGGAGCUCGAUGACAUCACCAACGAGGUCAAGGAGCUGAAAAAGUACAGCAGCAUCAACUACACGGGCUUCCUCAAGAUUGUUAAGAAGCAUGACCGCAAGAGGGGCGACCGGUACCGCGUCAGGCCCAUGAUGCAGCUUAGCCUGGCGCAGCGGCCAUUCAACUCGGAGCAGGGCUACUCGCCGCUCCUCAACAAGCUGUCCAUCAUGUACUACGCCAUCAGGCAGCAGCUCGAGGGCGGAGACCAGGCGCCGCCCGACCUCGAGAGCCAGGGCGAGACGCAUAAUGUUUGGGUGCACCCGGAUAACCUCCUCGAGGUCAAGACUCUCAUCCUCCGUCGACUCCCGUCACUCGUCUACAGCGAACAGUCUGCCAAGGAGCUAGAUGCGGACAACUCGCCCGCCAUCACAUCCCUCUAUUUCGACAACAAAAAAUUCGAGCUGUACUCGGAAAAGGUCGACCGCCAAUCCGAGGCGUCUUCCCUGCGCCUGCGGUGGUACGGCCAGCUGAGCAGCCGGCCCGAGAUUUUCGUCGAGCAGAAGACGGCCGAUGCCAAGGGCAGCAGCAAGGAGUCCAAGUUCAGCAUCAAGGACAAGUGGGUGAAGCCGUUCCUCGACGGCGAGUACAGCAUGGAGAAGAGCGUGCAGAAGAUGGAACGGCAGGGUGUGCCCACCGAGCAGGUCGACGAGUACAAGGGCACGGUGGCCAAGAUCCAGGGCUUCCUGCAGGCAAAGAAGCUAUCGCCCGUGCUCAGGGCCAACUACGUCCGCACGGCGUUCCAGAAACCCGCGGACGACCGCGUUCGAAUCUCCAUCGACACCGACCUGGCGUUUAUCCGGGAGGACACGCUCGACAGCGACCGCCCCUGCAGGGACCCCAAUAACUGGCACCGCGCCGAGAUUGACGACUCCAACAUGACGUAUCCGUUCAAGAACAUCAACCAGAGCGAGGUGUCCAAGUUCCCGUACGCUGUUCUGGAGAUCAAGCUCAAGGAAGACGGUAACCGGAAGCGGCCGGCGUGGGUGGAGGACCUGAUGGCGUCCCAUCUCGUCCACCCCACGCCGCGGUUUUCCAAGUUUGUCCACGGCGUCGCCUCCCUGUUCGAGGACUAUGUCAAUAACCUGCCCUUCUGGCUCAGCGAUCUGGAAACGGACAUUCGCAAGGACCCGCAGAAGGCGUUUGAGGAGAAGGAGCAGCGCCGGGCGCAGCGGGCGGACGAUGUCAUGGCCGUGGGCAGCCUGAUCGGCAACGUCACAGGGUCCUACAAGGCCGCGCAGAGCUCGCCUGUGGGUAAGUCGUACCUGGCAGAUCGGAUGGCGGCCGAUUCGAGGGCGUCCAUGUCGCACUCGCUCCGGCGCCGAAGCACGCUGGCCAACGGCGAGGAGGAGGGCGAAUCGAGCAGCACCCAGCAGCCGCAGCCGGGUCGCGGCGGCUACGGCACUCUGUCGUCGGUGCUCCCGGGGCUGUCCCUGUCCAAGUACGCCAGGGCCAAGCGGGCGCAAAAGGUGCAGCUCCCCGAAGGCGUGGUCGAGCCGACCGAGUGGAUCAAGAACAUGGGUGAGCUCAAGGUUGAGCCCAAGGUGUGGCUGGCCAACGAGCGGACGUUUCUCAAGUGGCAGCACAUUUGCAUCCUCCAGGGCGGCCUGGCGGUCGGGCUGUACACGGCGGCGGGUAAGAACCUACUGGCCGAGGUGAUGGGCAUCGUCUACAUUGCCAUCGCGGCGUUUGCGGGCGUCUGGGGCUACUCGAUGAUGCAGGUGCGGAGGAACAUGAUUGUGGAGAGGAGCGGCAAGGACUUUGGCAACAUGUUUGGGCCGAUUGUCAUCAGCAUCGCGCUGAUGGCCGCGCUCAUCAUCAACUUUGUGUUCUCGGUAAGUCUGGCUAACAAACACGGGGCAGUAUCAAAAGGCGUUUGCCAAGAUGGGCGACCACGGCAACGGAACGGUGUUUGUGACGGACGAGCUGAGGUAGCGACGGGGCAGCGGCCUGUAUUCCUAAUCACGGCGGAGUCGUCUGGAGCGUCAGCAUUGCUUUUUGGAUGGGACGCGUGCAUGGUGUUUCUUGUGUAG